CGAUCCACCUGGUGACCUGCUUAAAGACUGGUACAGUAGUACGUAUGGAUCCUAUCUCUGAAAAUCUGAACUACUUUACAAUAUCGUCCACAUGAACUAGAAGUUGAGAAAGGGACACGUACGUACUUGAUCGAUUCAUUUCUAAGUUGCAGGCGGAUCGACUCAAAUUUAGAGUCAAAACUAUGACCGCACUACUUCUGCAGUUAUGCAUGCAUGCAUGUAUAUAUUUUGCAGCACCAAAACCUGUUCUAAAAUAUCAGCUACUUUUGGAUUCUAGACUACAGCUUGGUGCUACAACUAGGGUUCAUGUAUUUUCCUCCAAAACCAGAUUAAGCUUUUCAUCCAAAAAAACAAAAAAAAAACCGUAGAACAAAAAGGGGGGCUAAAUAUGGGUUUUUGUGACUUAUCCAAUCCUUGAAUAAGUGCCCGGUUUCAAAGAGUUUUAGCUAGACUAAACAUCUCCGUGAUUUUCUUUCUCUGAUCAUUUUAUUAUUUAAGUUUGUCAAUUAAGUUCGAUAUCUCUGUUUGGGAAAAAGAAAGGAAAAAAUGAAUAUCGAGAAUAUGAUUGGUGGGUUGAGGCUCGAUGAUGAUGAGCCAAGAGCAAGAGCAAGAGAUCGACGAAGAUCAGUUUCCAAUUGGGAUGCGUGUGCUUGUGGUAGAUGAUGAUCGCACUGGCCUCCUCGACUUGGAAGCUGUGCUUCUUAACUGCCAUUAUCAUGGUUUGUUUGUUUCUUUAAGUUAUAUCUCAUUCAUCUAUCUGAUGGCUUUCUGCUUUGGCCUUACCUUGUUAUCAAGUUUAAUUUUUUAACGAGUUCUUAUUUGGUAUUUUAAUUUGGUCAAGGACCGUUAAUUAAAUUGGUCUACCAAAGACUUUGAUUAUGUGGUUGCUUAAGAUAUCUUCCCUUUUGGGUUUUCUAAUUUCUACCAACACUAGCUUUUUUAUCUUUUUCUUUUUUGUGAACAAAUUCUAUCAACUCGCCAAUCCUGUGAUUUUUCCUAAAAUUUACAGAAUUUUCUGUGUAUUCCUAAGAAGUUUGUUUCAAACUCAGACCCAAAAAAGAGAAGAAGUUUGUUUCAACUUUCAACCAUAACUUAAUUGGAUACUAUAGUUUAGUACUCGAUCGAUGAGCAAUGAAGAUAGGGUUCCAAUUUGUGUACCAAUUGAUGAUGUCACAACAGAUAACGAAUUUAUUGUUUUGUUUGUUCAAAUAGUUCAUUCACGAUGUCACAAUAUACUAUCACAGUGUGACAGUCUUGUGAUCCUAAUUGUUAUUAGGAUUAUAUGAGGGAAAGGAUUUAAGUACUAAUGGAUUUUACAGUUAAAGAGUAUCAGCCAUCCAGGAACGGCAUUGUGGUUGUUAAGAGAAAGCAAGGUCAAGUUUGACCUGGUUAUGACUGCUGUCCAUAUGCCAGACAUUGACGGGUUCAAGUUUCUCGAACUUGUGUAACAUGUUGAUGAGGAUCUCUCUGUUGUAUUGUUGUCUGCAACUCUGCAAGUGGAGAUACAAAUUACAAAGGUUGUGAUGAAAGGAAAAUUGAAUGGAGCUUGUGAUUAUCUGCUGAAACCUGUCAGAGUGGAGCAGCUGAAGCUCAUGUGGCAACAUGUGUUCAAGAUCAGGAGGAGGACAAAGAUCAAUGUCGAUUUAAUGACAAAUAUUUCAGCUGCCACCGCUUGUUGUUGUGCCUCACCAGUCCCCCUCUCAACCAAAAGAAGACGGAAGCAAUGCAAUGAUCUAGACGAUAACAAGGAUCUUUCAAAACCAUCAUCAUCAACCCCGCAAAAGCAAAAGCCUCAGCUUGUUUGGUCUAUGGAAAUGAGUCCAAAGUUACAGAUUGCUGUUAAACAUUUAGGCAAUGUCGACAAGGCUGAGGCUGAACCCAAAAAGAUUGUAGAUCUGAUGAAUGUGGAAGGGCUGACAACAGAAAAUGUGCCGACUGCAAUCCAGAACCAUAGGCUUUAUUUUAAAGCAUAUGCUGAUGCAAUGGCAGCACGCGCUUCACAUUCUAGCUUCUUCUUAUCGGCCAAUGCUUGGUAACUUGAUGAUGCUGCACUCCGAAAGUUUCAUGAGGUGAUGGAGUUGAUGAAUCAACAGAGGCUUAGAAUAGCAAAUACGCCAACCCUUCUGCAGAGACGUAGGCUUUAUGUUCAAAGAAGGGGCUCACUCUCGCAAUCCAAACCGCUGAUCGAACCCAUAGAUGGUUAAUCAUUUAAGACAGAGAAAAAGAGUAAUGGCUCUUGGAUAUUUGCGACUACUAUGCUGGUUUAGAGAGGAGAGAUUCGCAACAACAAAUGAAGUCGAAAACAACUUAUCUCUGGUAUGGUGUUGACAUUCACUGACAUUAACAUCUUCUAGAAAUUAAUUUGACUAUUACUUGAUGGAAAACGGCUCUUUGCCAAUUUCAAACCUGAAGCAAGUGAAAAAACUAAUUGGUACGUUUCUCAGAUUAGUAUAUUGAGAGAACAUUGAACCAGUAUCAUGUACUAUUACGUAAGAUAAUAAAGUAUUAAAAGUCAUUCUUGACAUUCAAGUCCGUGCGUUGCCUUAGUUUACCGGCGAUCAUAACUCACACAGUCACACUGUGGUUAAUUCUAUAUAAUACACCGGCCACUUGACUGCUUCAAUGGCAUAUAUGUGUUUGGUCUUCGCGACAAGGAUGACCAACAAUUAAGCAGCUUCAUGUGAUCACGAGUGUAUGCUUCAAACAAAACAAGAUCGAUAAAAUUAGUACAGUCUAAUGUCUAUCACGCAUAACACCUAUAAUUUGUUCUUCAAACAAUAGACAGAAUUGAAUUGGACGAUACGUCCAAGUUUCUGGUUUUAGUUUUCCCCUACUCGAUCUCCAAUGGCCGGAAUGCACGAAAUUUGUUUUAAAUGGAGUUCAAGUUGACGCAAGCAAGUUGGACCAUUCUGCGGCAAAGUCGACACAGCUAGUCGGACAAGCGAAUUGUCUCUGUUUAAAGUUAAUUCACGAAUUGUCUGCAUUAUACAGAACUUAGAAGUAAUUUCUUUAAUAAAUACAAACUAAGCCCAUUCCAGAUAGUUAGACCUUUUCUUAUCUUGCUAGGUUUGCUUUUAAUUUGGCUGGAACUGUUUGAUGCUAACUUAACUUAAGUCAGAAAAACCCAGCAGGAAACUUCCAACACAAAAUUCCUGAACCAAAAGCAAUCUGGCAAAACUUAGUCCAUGCUACCAAGUCCUCUAGAGCUUCAUAUUCACUUUGCUUUAUAAAAGCCACAUCCUUAGCCGACCAUUUCUAACGAAUUGAACCUCAGAAAUCAGAGACAUCGACCAUGGGUACCCCAACAACAUUCAUGUCAUUGUUUCUCAUUCUCGUAAUCCUUUGCACUAGUACUGUAGCAAAUGGUGAUCAUCCAGAUCAUGCUAAACCUAGUAAAGGAAUCAGAGCAGCCUAUUGGCCCUCGUUCAAUUCAUUCCCUGCUUCCUCUAUACAAACCUCUCUUUUCACCCACAUUUACUACGCCUUCCUCCUACCCGAUCCCGCCACUUUCAAACUCAGCAUCACCUCAGACGACCAAACCAAGUUACCCGAGUUCAUCGGGUCGCUCCGCAACCUAACCCCGCCCGUGAAAACCCUACUCUCCAUCGGAGGCGGCGGUAGCAACGCAACAGUAUUCUCGGAGAUGGCUAGCACCAAACAAAGCCGUCAAGUAUUCAUCAACUCCUCCAUUGAAGUAGCCCGGAAAUACGGGUUCCAAGGUGUUGACUUGGAUUGGGAGUUUCCGGCUAACGUGGUGGACAUGUCAAACCUAGCUCUGUUAUACAAGCAGUGGAGAAAAUCUCUAGACGAGGAAGCUAAGGCUAGCGGCAAGCCACGUCUGCUUUUAACCUCCGCCGUGUAUUACGCUUCGGAAUUUCAAGUUUACGGCGGGCCGAGAUCAUACCCGGCCGGCGCAAUAAGUAAAUACUUGGACUGGGCUAGUCCAAUGUGCUUUGACUAUCACGGCUCGUGGGAAAACUUCACCGGCGAACAUUCGGCCUUGUAUGAUUCCAAGAGUAACAUCAGCACCAACUACGGAAUCAGGUCGUGGAUCCAAGCCGGUGUACCGGCCAAGAAGCUUGUGAUGGGCCUACCUCUAUACGGGAAGAGUUGGACGCUCCGGGACCCGAAAGUGAAUGGGGUCGGGGCGCCGGCGGUGGGCGUGGGGCCAGGGGAUGGUGGUAUUUUGCUUUAUUACCAGAUAGUUGAGUUGAAUGCUCAAAGUAACGCAACGGUUGUGUUUGACAAGCAAACCAAGUCUUAUUAUUCCUACUCGGGUACCACUUGGAUCGGGUAUGAGGAUGUUCGAUCCGUCACUUUGAAGGUUCGGUUUGCCAAGUCACUGGGCUUGGGUGGGUACUUCUUUUGGGCUCUCGGCCAGGACAAGGAUUGGACCCUAUCACAGAAAGCUUCAAAUGCUUGGAAAUAUGGCGGGUGAUCAAUCUGAAGGGAACUUAGUAGCGGAAUAUGACAAGUCUAGCCCACCAUUGUUUAUUUGUAUUUUAUAUUUAUCAGGUUGUUAUAUUAUCCAGUUUCGUAACUAAUUGAAUAAGCAAGUCAUUGUCGUAUUCUCAAGGCAACUCAUUUCCCCUAUCCUUGAUAUAUAUCAAGCAAUAUUUUGGCCUGUAAUUUUUAGAACUUACUUUUCACUCAGUGAGAUUAAGCUCAUAAAAUAUAUAAUAGGUUGAUGAAAGUCCGGUUUGAGGUUACUUCAAAAA